GGCACGGGUCGCGAACGCCGCGAGCACCAUGAAGCCAUGGGCCGUCUCCGUCUACCCUUGUGGAUGGUGCUGCUGCUCCUGCCGCCGCCAGGAUCGCCCUACGUCCAGGACCUGCACGCGCAGGACCGCGGCUUCGGCCAGCUGAUGGCGGGCCAGUGGCGCUGCAUGCUGGACGGCCUGCUGUCCGGCCGGACGCUGGCGCGCGUCUUCGCGCCCUCCAACGCGGCCGCGCCGCCCUGCUACCCCGACGUCACCGUGCACCUGUACUCCGGUAUGGGCCUGCACUGUAGGUGGCCCCCGCGGCGCAAGGUGCUGGACCCGCGACGGCCGGGCUGGCUGCGCUGGAGCGGCUGGGAUCCGCGGCGGCGGACGGUGCUCCUGGUGCACGGCUUCAACGGCGGCGCCGAGAAGGCCCCCCUCAGCACGCUGCGCGACGCGUACCUGGAGCAGGGCGCCUUCAACGUGCUGGCGCUCGACUGGUCCCCGCUGGCGCGCUACCCGUGCUACGCGGACGCGGUGAGGCACUCGCGGACCGCGGCGGCGUGCGGCGCGCAGGUGCUGUCCGCGCUGCAGGCGACGCUGGCCUCGGGCCUCGGCGUCAACGCGCUGCCCGCCGCCGACACGCGCCUCGCCACGUGCGUGGGCCACUCGCUGGGCGCGCACAUCUGCGGCAUGCUGAGCCGCCUGCUGCCGCUGCGCCUCAACAAGGUGGUCGCGCUGGACCCCGCCAGGCCGCAGGUGUCGCGGCUCCUGGGCGACGAGGACCUGUCCGCCAGCGACGCCAGGGUGGUGCAGUCCUUCCACACCAACAUGGGCUUCUACGGCGAGUACCCGGAGCCCGGCGUCGGCCUCGCCAACUUCUGCUUCAACGGCGGCCGCCUGCAGCCCAACUGCGACCAAGGAACGCGAUUCGCGCGCAUGCGGUGCAGCCACUUCCUCAGCGUGUGCUACUACGCCCAGCUGGUGCAGGACUGGGGCCGCGAGGCGCAGGGUCGCCGCCGGACGGCCGCCCCGACGGCCUCGGCGGCCUGGACCACGGCCGUGGCGUGCGACGGCUCCUGCAACCGCGUCCCCGGGGGGCCGCCCCUCGCCGUCAAGCUCACCGAGACCUCCAUCGACAGGUGGCGCGGUACCCACUGCUUGGACUUGCGGCUCGAUCGACCCUGCAGGAUCGACGCUUGAGGACACGCUCAAGGCCGCGUCGCUGCUGCUACGCGUGGAGCGUGCACGCCGCGCACUCAGCGAAGACUGAUUUCAUUAAUUUCUCUGCAUUGUUGUUGUCAAAAGUAACAAUAAACA